AUGGUAUCCGCAAGAACUGUUAUUAUCUUCUUCCUAGGAUGCAUUAUUGCACUGUCUCAAAUGGCCGGUUCUGACGCCAAAGGCGGCGGCGGAGGUGGACAUGGUGGUGGAGGUGGUCACGGCGGUGGAGGUGGACACAGUAGCGGAGGCGGAAAGGGUGGAAGUGGGGGGAAAAGUGCCGGAAAAGGUAUUGGAAAAGGGGGAAAAAAUUUUGUGAAAGAAGAUCCCGGAAGUUGUGGCUAUAUAUGCCGCGUUGGCUGUGGCGUUGGUGGCACUGCUGGCAUGGGCCUUGGUUACGACAACCAAUCCUUGGAACAUGGCCCAAUAUAUAUUGUGACUCCAACUGUACCAGUUUGCAACCCCGACGUUUUAUCACCAAAUUGUCCAUAG